UUAAAAAGACGUAUAACACUAUUAAAUAGUGUAUUAAAAAUUAAAAGUUAUGGAACAAUUUAUUAAAACAGAAAUAAAGGCCAUUGUGGCCGAAGGUGCGUUCGGUAAAAAUUGUAACUUAGUGUCGUUCAACGUGUAUAAUGAUAUAAUUGAAAAAAAAGAGUGGAAGUAUAAUGCUAUAUUUGGGGACAUUGUCACAUCAGACAAUAUCUAUUACUCCGUUUUGAUCAAGUUAAAAAAUCGAGAUCAAAUGAUACGCGUAAGUUCUGAAUGCGAUAUGCUAUUCCAUAAUGAGUUAUACUUUUAUGAAAAGAUCAUCCCAUUCUUAAUGGAGUGUCGUGGCCCUUUAGUAAAUGAUGUAAAUGCUUUAUCAUUACCACGGUUUUUUUAUGGCCGUAACAAAGGUGGUGAAUUAGCGGAAAAGGAUUUAAUUAUUUUCGAAAAUGUAAAUACCUUAGGCUAUCGUUAUAGCAAAGACCAGCUGUUCAUAGAUAAGGAUCAUUUAAUCGUCGCACUUCAGGCUAUCGCAAAGUUUCACGGGCUUUCUUACAUAGCCAAACACAAGAAUGCCGACAGAUUUCGGGACUUCGUCGCCGACGUUCAGGACACGCAGUCCGACGCCAACGGGCACUGGAUAGCCCAGAACGACCUGUUGAAGAGAAUAGGAAAACGCGGAGUGGACCGACUGCUGAAGCGGAGUGGGGAACGGUACCGGGACAACGCUCAGUUGCGCCGGCUGAACAGGCUGUUCGACGACGCGGCGGGCACGCUGCGGACCGGGUCGGAUGGCCGCGAACCGCUGUCCGUCCUGUGCCACGGCGACUAUUGCCGCGCAUCCAUGAUGUUCCAGUACGACGAGAGCGGACUUCCGUUCGACGCGCUCAUCAUGGACUUCUUCGAUGUGCAUUACGGGUCGCCCGCGCUGGAUCUGUCGCUGUUCCUGUACACGGCCGCUUCGCAGCGAACGCGCCGGACGUGCUUGGACGAACUGUUGGACGCGUACUGUGCCGCGCUCGCCGCCGCCGUCCCGCCCGCCGUCCGCGUCCCGGAUCGCGCCGAACUGGACGCCGAGAUGGCCACGUGCGCUAUCGUUGGAUUCGCGAGAGCGUCGUUCAUUUUGUGCUACAGGCUGCGGGAUAACAGCGAUCCGUCGCUGGACUCAGUGGCGACCAGCGACGACCCGGUGGACUACUUUUUGGCGUUGGGCGGCGAUGCAGGCACCGACUGUAUAGCCGACUUGGUACAACAUUUGAUCGACAUGGCGUAUACGCAGCCUUGUAAUGCCCUCGGGUAAAAACUAUUCAAAUCGUUUUUAAAGACCUAAAUAAUAUGUAUACGUAAACAGUUUCAAAGAAAGUGCCUAUCUAUUAUUUGAACGCGGUAUUUUAAAUAUAUUCCCAAAGUCUUAGAAAUGAAUUAAUGAAUUAAUGAAAUACUGAUUUUUAAAUUAUUCCUUCUAAUUAUAUAAUAUGUUAUUUUUUAAUUU